AUGGAGAUCAAUAGCAUGACCAUGGAGCAAAAGCAGGUUAACACCUUUGUGUGUUCUGAAGAUCACCAGAUGUCCGAAAAGGAGGACAAUACUAGCGAGGAGAUGGAAGUGAAGGAAAUCGAGGAGACUGACAUGUUCACCUUCACUUUGGAAUCACCAGACCAAGACCCGGAGCCGCGUACACCACCGAAUCGAAGUUCGCAUAAGGGUCUUAUUUGCAGACCAUCGACUGACACAGAGGAGCCGUUUACACCAGAAACUCGACAGCAGAGCAACAACAUCGGUUGUAGAGUACCUUUGCCACAACAAAACCCAUUUACACCGCCGAAUCGACGACGGGGUGAUAUUGUUGGUUAUGAAUUAACGAUCUCGACACACCAGCCUCGUACACCAGCAAAUCGACCGCGCAGUAACAUCAUCGAUCUUAAAGUAUCAAUCUCAACACAAAACCCAGUCACACCACCAAAUCGACUUCCAACCACCACUCUCGCUCCCAAUCCGUCAAUAACCUCGACUUCGUCGACUUUUGAUUUUCACACAGCAGUGCAAAUGCAGAGAUCGACCAGCUCACAAGCAAGUUACGUUCCGAGUUCUGGUACGGAAUCAACGUUGUAUCCGAGUCCGGAUUACGAGGAUACGGAGUUUGAUGGGAUGGAUGAAGAUAGGGUAAGGGACUUUCAGGAGGGGGAUGGGGAGUAUGCCAAUGGUUCGUCGACUCAAGGCUCAGAGGAUAGGAACCAAGGCUUCGAGAACCAAUACAAUCAACCACCAUAUCCAGAAAAUCGAAACGAACAACCGCAUCACUCCUACCCAGCACAUCAUCCACAUCCGCUCUACCUCCCUGCUCGACCGCCAACCUCACCACCCCGUCUCCCCGCUCACACUCCCCUUUUACGCUCUCUCGACAAGAUCUUCUAUAAUCAGAAAUCAGCUCUCGAUGGCCAUCUCCUCGCCAGCCCACUACUAGUUUCACCCAUCAGAACUAAUCCUCAAAUCCAAGACCAACGAGACGCAGAAUACAUCAAUGCACGUAUGGGCUACGUGUUGCUCGCGAGUAGCAGAUUGCAAGCAGUCGUAGGCGUGCGGAAUGAUCUUGUUUUUGAGCUACCUCCUCCAAUAUCGGGUGGCGUGCUUGGAGAUAAGGCAAGAGAAAGAGGGAUGGGGGAGGUGGGUAACGAGGUGGACAAGGAGACGGGGAGGGGGUUACGUGAGUAUUUUCUGAAAAUGGGACAGCGUUACGGUGUGAAGAGGCGGAGAUGCGAGGAGCUUGUGUUUAGUGAUUUCGCGAUGAAUCUGAAAUCUGGCAUUGGAAAAGGCGAGAUGAUUGCAUGUUUUGGAGAGGGAUGUAGGAUUGAAAUCGGGGAGGUAGAAUUACCAACACACAACACAACCACCCCCUGGCUCACCUUCCUCCUCUCCCGUCCCCUCCUCCCCGCCCAAUCCACCCCGUCUUCGUUCCCCACCCCCGUCCCAAACUCCUGGAUCUUUUUCGCGCUCCCAGCACAAUACGCUGAGGCUUCGCCCAUCGCAACAUCCCAGCAGAAUCCGUAUACCAAGCAUAUGCGGCAGGAAUACCAACUCUCCCAAAACGGCAUACCAAUCAUAGAGUUCUCCUCUAAACCAUCGGAGCUGGUGCACGGAUGGAGCAAGUGGGGUGAUCGGUAUAGAGAGACGAUGCGUGGGAGCGAGUUCCGGCGAAGGGGUGAGGAGGGGGCGUGGUUGGGUGUGGAGAUGGAGGGGGCAAGGGGCGGGGAGAAAGAGUGGUGGGAGAGGUUUUAUAGGGGGGUAUUUGAGGAUGUUAGGGUUUGGGAGCGGGUUAGGCGGGUUAUGUCGCGUGGUGGACUUCGCGUUUCGGUUGCGUGGCGGGAAGUUGAGGAUACGGGUUCUGAGGAUAUAGGGUUUGAGGAUGGAAAUGUUGGACUGGGGAUUUUUAAGGAGGAUGGUUCUGGGGUACGGCAGCUUAUUUCGAGGGAUGAUGCGGGGGUGUGGAGGGAGAAGAGGGGGAGAGAGGUUCAGAUGCCGAUGAGGAUUAAGAGACGGCCUGUGGGGGGGAGAUUUUGA